AUGUGUGGUAACAAGUUGACCGUAUCAUGGUACGAGUGCAACCUGCAGAUUCUAUAUGAUUCCAAAACCCACGCUGAAAUUCUCCAUCGGUGUCCCAAGCAGCGUGGCAAAGGCAGAUUCGUUACCACGCCAUUCAAGCUUUUCGCAAGUGCACAGACGCCGAGCCGCCUCAAGCUGCGGGUACCUCAGUUGAUAAUGCAGCCGACGUGCAUCCAUCACAUUGCAUUCAUCUACAUGGACGUCGGAAUCACAAUCGCCCGAGACGGCACCGCAGCAGCUGAAUAUCCACCAGACACCGCCAUGAUGCCACUCCUUCUCUCGGACCAAGACACGGCACAAAUGCUCGACACACAGUCUUUUGACAGCCUCGAGUGCGCACCUUGCCUCUACCUGCUGUAUUGCCAUGGAACCAGAGUCCCUUUCGACGUAUCACAUCCAACGGCAGUGCCGCCGCCCUGA